ACAGCUUACAAUGGUUCGAGUGGUUAUUACAUAAAGCCAACAACACUACCAACAGCAAGGUAGCAGGGAAACCAGUGAUAAGCUGCUUUCGGUGACUCAAACACACGGGCUCAGGUCUUCUCCUUCCUGUAGUCUCCGGUUACCUCCGAUCUCUGACUCACACAUAUGUGCUCCAGCUAUCGACAGGUCAGCGAUCGUAAUAUCCGAAACGGUGUCGGAGGAGGAGCUUUGUGCUUCAACUUGCCUUCGCGUGGGGACAUUCAACGAACUGAAUCCUUCGUCUUACGAUAUCCAAGAUCACAGAAGAUAAUUGGCAGAGCGUGAGUUCGAAGCGCUUAAGGAUAGAGUUUCGGGAAAGAGGUUUUUACGCGUGUAUCCUGUUUAAACGCUACCCUUCCGUUGUCGCAACUAUCAACCUUAGCUUCUGAAGACUUGACCUCAGUAUGUAAGUUCUCUGAUGGGAUAGAAGAUAGAGUUGUGGUGGGGAGCCUUGAUUCUUAACCAAUGUCGUUGGCUUCCUGAUGAAAUCUCUGGAACUAAACCAGAGAUUUUGCUAGGGCGUACUUGAGCAACGUCUGUGUUGCCAGAGAGCUGCAUCGUAACGGAGUUGGUUACAAACUCAAUGAAAAGUCUAAAGUAGUUGCUAGAGAAUGGGGGAUAACGGAUAUGUACGUGCAUGUGACGGUCAACAAUGAAGCAGCGAAGAGGCUAUACAUGAAAAGUUGGUUCGAGCAAGAGAGCGCUGAGCCAGCGUGGCAAGCUCUAUACCUCAACAAGCCACAACGGCUCCUCCUCUCCCUUCCUAUUACCUCCUGAUCCAUGUCCAGAUAAACGGCAGCGUUUUCCACUGGCCAUUUGGUUUCGUUUACCGAACCAUAUAAAACAGCGUAAAGCGCUUGGAAAAAAUAUGAAAGGCUUAGAAAUGGUGGUGACGUCUUUCUCUUCAACGCCUCCUAUCUUCUUCUCCUCCUCCCCGCUUUCUUCUUCGAAUCUCCAUGGACGCUUCACGAUCCCUUCCUCUCCCUCUUCUCUCUUACACCAAGAUGCGAAGGUGGUGGGAACAAGGGUCAGAGGUGGAGCAGUUCGAGUCCUAGCAAAUCCAAAUGCAUCAUCCCCUCCUCCGGGGAGAGUAAAGGCCAAAAAAGAAGUAAUCAUGGUAGACCCUCUUGAGGCCAAGCGGCUAGCUAGUAAGCAAAUGGAAGAGAUCAAAGGCAAAGAGAGGCAACAGCGAAGGCGCGAAAUAGAAGCUAUAAACGGAGCCUGGGCAAUCAUAGGGCUCUUGAUAGGGCUUGUCAUCGAAGCUCAAACAGGAAAGGGUAUUCUAGCUCAGUUGGCUGGCUAUUGGUCUGCGGUUAUGCAUCUAUUCACUUCAUCAACACAGAAUCUCCCACAGUAAACCAAAAACCGUAUACUAUGUUUUGUUGAGUUUCAUUGAUGUUGUUCAUGUAAUCUUUAGCAAGAGCAUUCAGCAAGACAUAAACAGUUAAACUUUAUAUUAAUAAGAUUGAAGUGAUAAAUUAA